AUGUCGUCGUCGCUCGCCUUCCCCGAUCGCGCGCGUUCGAACUCGCACGCGGGCAGUCGUCUGGCGCAGUGUCCGCUGUGCUCGAAAUUCGCGCACGUCGCCCUGAUCGAGGCGCACGCGGCGCAGUGUUCGGGCGAUGCGACGGUCGGCGUCGAGCGGUCGCGCGCGCUCGAAGCGGGUCGGAAUGCGAGCGCGAGCGACGCCGCGGACGCGGAAGCGACGGAUGCGUUGACUUCGUGCGAAGCUUCAACGACCGUGAAGUCAUCCGGUGGCGUCCUCGGCGCGCUCGCGGCGGCGAAACGACGGAACGAGCACGCGCAGACGCGCGCGCAGAAUGACUUUAAGCGACGGCGCCAAACGACCGGGCUUCUGAGCGACGUCACGAACGCACCGCUCGUGAAGCGAAGCGAUGGCGGCGUGAAAUCAAGCGUGGUGAAUGCUUCGACGCAGACGGACGCCGUGGUAGAAAAAGAAGAGGAAGAGACGAUGGACGUCGACGCGGCGGUGGCGGACGUCGAGGGCGUCGCGCCGUCGAGCGUUCAAUUCGAUUUGCGCGUCAUGAGUGGAAAUCACGAAGAGUGUGGGAUCUGCCUCACGCAGUUCGACGACGCCGAGGGCGUGGUGCGGCACAUGUUUUAUCCGUGCCAGCACGUGCGGCAGUGCGGCGAUUGCGCACAGCGCGUUUGGCAGGUGCCAAAAGUCAAGCGGCGAUGUCCGUGGUGCAAGAGCAAGAUUGAGAUACGGCCGCGCGCGUUUAAACCGUUCCUGUAG